GAAUGACGUCACUGGAAUUUCAAGAUGGCUUCGGAUCACGGUCAGGAUACGGUCAUCUACCGGUCUGAGACAGGAAAGCUUUGAUGUUUUUACGGCUGUGCCUAUUAACUCACGCUUUUUGCGUACUAUUAAUAUUUACCCUGUUAAUAUGUUGGAGGACAGUCUGAAUAGGUGUCAUGGUGAAAGAAGAGCGGAGUACGACACUGAACUACAGCUGCAGCGCUUCGGCUGUCAAUCCACAAGAGGAUUUUGAAUGAGAUGGAAAAGACCGAGGAUGAACCUGUACAGACACAUUUCCUUUAUAUGAGAGCAAACUGAGAUUGAAACAUUCCUCACUGGAUAUUUUAAAAGAGGACUACACCAGAGGUCAUUUUUGCUGCAAUCAGGAAUUGGGCUGCGGCCGAUGGGUUAUCCACCCAACGGGGUCCAGAAGAGCAGUGUCAUCUCAGAGCAUUGUGUGCAUUCUGUAGAUUCACCUGUGAAGCUGAUGGUUGAGUCAUCUUCCUCUGGAGGCAGGGGUGCUGAGGAAGGCAGACCACCUCCACGCAUUGCAGAUGUUAUAGACAGGCAGGAGAACCUAAUGCAAGGCAUGUUCUCCCAUACUGGAACAACGCAGGGAGAGAAAAGCCAACUGCAGAGCAGCCAGGACCACGAGGCAUCAGAGUCAUGUGAUAAAGUACAGCAUCAGACCAGUAACCAGCCAUGUGGCACUAAACUCCCAAAUGGACAUGCAGGCCACGGUGCAUGUGAAGUGACUGAGCGGGAUGAUCCUGAGUCAUCUCGUCCUGCAGGGAGCUACUUGAAUUCAGAGGAUGAUCGUGUGAUUGCAAACGGAGAGCUGUCGGCAGAUUUUAGAGCUUUGGAUGCUGUUUCUUCUGCAGCUGAAGACAGAACUACCUGCUCAGGAGAUGGUUCAAAUGCUCAGUGUCUAGUGUUUAACGACACCACAAGUUGUCCCGAGGGCGACCCGUCUUUGGAUAGGAACUCUUCAGCCAGUUCUUCAACCCCUCAACACUCUCUCAGGAAGUUUUCUUCUAGCACUUUCCUCAACACUGACUCUGCUCCUCUCAGUCCGGUUGAUGACGAGACCUUUUCCGCAUCAGAUAGACCCGAUGACUUGAGCUUCACUGACGUCAGUCUGAAACCCAGGAACACUUAUGAGAUCAGUCGGCGUCAGAGCGCCCCAGACAACAUCCCUGGAGUGUUAAGUGUUGCUGUCGCAGAUCUGACGCUCAGCCAGAGGAAACAGGGCAUCUCUGAGAUCUUCAGCAGAAAUCUGUUCUCAAGAAAGCAGAGGGAGGCCCAGAGUGCACCAGGAUGGAAACUCUUUGGAAAGGUCCCGCUGAGAGAGAGUCCUCCCAAAGACUCCAAAACCAUUCAGCAGGAAAGUAACCCAGGCAAUCUCACAUCUGUAUCUACUCCCAAUCUCUUAAGUUCAGGGGAGUACGAGGCCAGGGUGACUAAUUCGGGCCAGAGUCCCUCCCUGCCUGCUCAGGGCCGACGGAAGAACCUGGAAUUCGAACCAUCGUCCACUACGGCGCUCAUAUUAGAGGACCGUCCUGCGAACCUCCCUGCGAAGUCGGAAGAGGAAGCGCAGCGCCACCGUCAGGAGUAUGAUGAAAUGGUAGCUGAGGCCAAGAAGAGAGAGCUGAAGGAGGCUCAGAAGAAAAAAAAGCAGAUGAAGGAAAGAUUUAAACAGGAGGAGAGCAUCGCUAAUGCCAUGGUGGUUUGGAACAACGAAAUCCUUCCCAACUGGGAGAGCAUGCGUGGCACGCGGCGUGUGAGGGAUCUGUGGUGGCAAGGUCUUCCGCCCAACGUGAGGGGAAAAGUCUGGAGUCUGGCCAUUGGGAAUGAGCUGAACAUAACCUCAGAUUUGUACGAGAUCUUUCUCUCACGGGCCAAGGAGCGCUGGAAGAGCUUCAGAGAGACAGGCAGUGAGAUGGAGUCUGAUGCGGAGAGUGCUGACCGUGAAUCCAGUCUGGAUUUGAUCAAACUGGAUAUCUCACGCACGUUUCCACCGCUCUUCAUCUUCCAGAAGGGUGGGCCGUACCAUGAUCUCCUGCACAGCGUUCUGGGUGCUUACACCUGCUACAGACCUGAUGUGGGAUAUGUUCAGGGAAUGUCCUUCAUAGCUGCUGUGUUGAUUCUCAACCUGGAGGAGGCCGACGCUUUCAUCGCCUUCGCCAAUCUCCUCAACAAACCCUGUCAGAUGGCUUUCUUCAGAGUGGACCAUGAGCUGAUGCUGAAGUACUUUGCAGCGUUUGAGGUGUUUUUUGAAGAAAACCUCCCUAGACUUUUUAAUCACUUCAAGAGUUACAACCUCACGCCUGACCUGUAUCUCAUAGACUGGAUCUUCACCCUCUACACGAAGUCCUUGCCGUUGGACGUGGCGUGUCGGGUGUGGGACGUGUUCUGCAGAGACGGGGAGGAGUUCCUGUUCCGCACGGGGCUUGGGAUCCUGCGUCUCUAUGAGGAAGUGCUCCUGCAGAUGGACUUCAUUCACAUCGCUCAGUUCCUGACCAGACUCCCAGAGGACACGCCAUCCGAGCGCCUUUUCAGCUGCAUCGCCAACACUCAGAUGUUCAGCAGCAACAGGAAGUGGACCCAGGUGUUUAAUACCCUCAUAAAGGAUAAAGAAAUGGAAAAAAGCAGCAGUCCUACAGUGAAAAACUCUUGAACUCUCAUCAUUUUUAUAUAUCCAGUUGACUUUAACUCUCAAUUCGAAGAGGAUUGUAUAAAACGGGCUCAAAGAAAUGAAAUGAAGGAAAAGAAAAAGCUAAACUUGAUUUCUUUGCAACCACGCCAGUAUUACUGAAGUUACACAUUUGUAUGAAGUAAAAACACAAGCCUGUUAUGAGAAAAUACUCCACCAGCUUAGUCACGUACUGUACCAGAUACCAGCAUCAGGUUUUUUUUUCCAUAAUAUUCCUCCAAAUGGAGAGAACUGGUGCAUAUGAAGAAAUGUGCAGACAUGCAUACCAUUAACUCAUUUUAUAUGCUGAUGUUUAUUUUAAAGCAUAUUCAUUCAGAGCCUGGUUAAUGCACUUGAGAUUUUAAUAAUAGCAUAGCAAGGUUCUGAGAUUUUAAAAAAUGUGAUAUUUUUUUUAAGGUUUUGUUUUGUAGAACAAGACCUUAAUGAAGUGCAAUAGAAAUUGUAAAAAUAAGUCAGAUGCAGUUAAUAAUGCAGGAAAAAUGCAUAUAGUGCGUUGAGGUGUUUGAGAGCAUUUUGCUGCUUCUUGCCGAAGAAUUAUUGCAUUGUGCUACUUUAAUUUCUUCUUUUAAAACACUAAUAUGUAGCUUGAUUUUUAAACUGAAUCUUAUUAAUGAUAGUAAGACAGUAUGUGAAGAAUGCAUUCAGAGAUUUGUAUACUUGAAGUACAUUUUCUGAAAUUUAAAGUUAAAGAAUAAGAAUGUGUGGUGAAAUAAUACAAUUUGUCAUUUUUGUCUGUUUGAUUUCUGUUCAGUUAUUUGACCAAAUGCAUUGUUUGUCAUGGAUUUUAACCCAAUGUCUGUAAAUUCUGGGUCUUUGAUUUGGUAAUGUUGUAUCUUGAUGAAAAAUGUAAAUUGUGUCAUUAAUUCUUGGUUUGUUUUCUACACACUCCUGGUUUUAUUGUACAGUUUUCAUACUCAAGUGAAGAUAAAUUGUAAAUAGGUGAAUUGUUUGACACCACAAAAUUCAUGUGUAAAUAAAUCUAAAACUACUAUUA